AUGAAUUUAAACGUGGUCGUAUGUACAUCUAUAUGUGAUGCACCUCGUUCGGGACGUCCAAUUGAGGCUGUUACACCAGAAAUCAUCGAUAAGAUCCACGAUAUUGUUUUAACUGAUCGACGAGUGAACAUGCGCGAGCUUGUUGAGGCCACAGGCAUAUCACAUGGCACAGUGAUUUCAAUUUUGCACGAACAAUUGGGUAUGAAAAAGCUAUCGGCAAGAUGGGUGCCGCGUUUGCUCACUGUGGACCAUAAGCGCGACCGUGUGACGAUUUCAAAACAAUGUUUGGAGAUGUUUCAACGUAAUUCAGAUGAAUUUCUGCGUCGAUUCAUUACUGUGGACGAAACAUGGAUCCAUUACUUCAUACCCGAGACGAAGGAACAGUCAAAACAAUGGACUUCACUGGGUGAACUAAUUCCGAAGAAGGCGAAAACCGUGAAGUCUCGGCCGGAAAGGUGA